AUGACUAAAUUCAUACGCCGUGUCGCGUCAGCUCCAAAUGCGAAAGGUCUUUUUUCUUUGGCAAAGUCUCAUAAAGAGCGAGAUGGGACGGCAGGUUCACGGACACCUACAUCAAUGAAAGGUUUCGGUUUCUUGUCACCUACAUUCGGUAGCAUAGGUCGGAAUGGAUCAGUACCUGAAGUUCCACCAAUUCCGGCGAACGUUUCAAAUGGUCAACGCGUUUCGGACCAGGAUUCGCUUGAUACUAGAACAGGGUCAGAUGGUACUGGACGUGCACCUUUCAGACGUACAUACUCGAGUAACUCGAUCAAAGUGCGGAGUGUCGAGGUCAACCCAAGUAGCUUCCAGAAGAUCAAGCUCUUAGGAAGAGGUGAUGUUGGGAAGGUAUAUCUGGUUCGUGAGAAGAAGACAGGGAAGCUGUUUGCUAUGAAGGUUCUCUCGAAGAAGGAAAUGAUUGAGCGGCGGAAGAUUAAACGGGCACUGGCAGAACAGGAGAUUCUUGCAACAGCUAAUCAUCCAUUUAUCGUGACCCUGUAUCACUCGUUUCAGUCGAAGGAGUACCUUUACUUUUGCAUGGAAUAUUGUAUGGGGGGCGAGUUCUUCCGUGCCUUACAGACUCGGCCGGGCAAAUGUUUGCCAGAGGAUGAUGCACGAUUCUAUGCUGCAGAAGUCGUUGCAGCUCUAGAGUACCUCCAUCUUAUGGGCUUUAUUUACCGAGAUUUGAAACCGGAAAACAUCCUGUUGCAUCAAUCAGGGCACAUAAUGCUUUCCGAUUUCGAUCUUGCCAAACAGUCUGGUGAGCCAGGUGGUCGACCCGCGACGAUUGCGCAAAUUGAGCCAAACGGGGUGCCUGUGAUCGAUACGAAAUCAUGCACGGCAAACUUUCGGACAAACUCCUUUGUUGGGACCGAGGAAUACAUCGCGCCGGAAGUCAUCGAAAACCUUGGGCAUACGUCUGCUGUUGACUGGUGGACGUUGGGAAUCCUCAUUUACGAGAUGAUCUUCGCCACGACUCCGUUCAAGGGACAGUCACGCAGUAAGACGUUCCAGAACGUCCUUGAGCUGCCCGUGGGCUUUCCCGAGCACCCCAAGAUUACUUCAGCGGGCAAGGACAUCAUGAUAAGGUUGCUUGACAAGAGCGAGUCGCGACGACUGGGAAGCGGAAGUGGUGCAAGCCAGGUGAAGCAGCACAAAUGGUUCGCCAAAAUGAACUGGGGACUACUGCGAAAUAUGACGCCGCCCAUCGUGCCCGCGACUUCUAACGGGCUGGACGCAGUGAACUUCCGAAGUAUCCGGGAGUCCCAGUCAUUGCAGUUGGAGAUGCAGGGCGUUGCUGGUGCGGGAGUGCCGGGGACGCCUGCACUGCGUGGCACAGAGGACGGACUGGAACCCGCGCCCGAAGACGAACGGGACUUAUUCAGAGGGUUCUCAAAUGUGACGUUGAAGUACGACGGAGACGAGCCUUAGACCUUUCCUUUUCUUUCCUUAUACUAGUUUUCUCUUCUUUUUCUCUUUCCCCCUUUGUUCAUGAUUGCUUUGCUGGUGCUAUUUGGGAUAUUUUCCUUAUUUCCUUACUCUCAUCCACUCCUCACUCUCGUUCUUCUCCUUUUUUUAAAUACCUUCUUACGCGGAUUCACCACCAUCGUUUAUGCAAGCUGAACUGACUCGGAAGCAAAAUUACC